AUGACGACCGAAUCUGGCUCAGACUCAGAAUCCAAGCCCGAGCAGGAGGCCGACCCCCAGGAGGCAGCGGGUCCGCAGGGUCCCGAGAGGGCACCGCCGGGGCCAGAGGAGCAGCACCAGGCCUUGGAGCAGUUCGCGGCCGCCGCAGCGCACAGCACCCCCGUGAGGAAGGAGGUCACUGACAGGGAACGGGAAUUUGCUGCCGGGGCUGCAAAACAGCUCGAAUAUCAGCAACUGGAAGACGAUAAGCUCUCCCAGAAAUCAUAUAGCAGCAAACUCUCUCGAUCUCCACUAAAGAUCGUCAAGAAGCCGAAAAGCAUGCAGUGCAAAGUGAUACUUCUGGACGGCUCGGAGUAUACCUGUGAUGUGGAGAAACGCUCCAGAGGCCAAGUGCUGUUUGACAAAGUAUGUGAACAUCUGAACUUGCUAGAAAAAGAUUACUUUGGGCUUACAUAUCGAGAUACUGAAAACCAGAAGAAUUGGUUGGACCCUGCUAAGGAAAUUAAAAAACAGAUUCGAAAUGGUGCUUGGCAGUUUUCAUUUAAUGUAAAAUUUUACCCACCAGACCCCGCUCAGCUCUCUGAAGAUAUCACCAGGUACUACCUCUGCUUACAACUGCGAGACGACAUCGUGUCCGGGAGGCUGCCCUGCUCCUUUGUCACGCUCGCCCUGUUGGGCUCCUACACUGUCCAGUCAGAACUGGGAGACUACGACCCUGAUGAAUGUGGAAAUGACUACAUUAGUGAGUUCCGCUUUGCGCCCAAUCACACGAAAGAGCUGGAAGACAAAGUGAUCGAGCUGCACAAGAGCCACAGAGGAAUGACGCCAGCAGAAGCCGAGAUGCACUUCUUGGAAAAUGCCAAAAAAUUAUCCAUGUAUGGGGUAGAUUUACAUCAUGCCAAGGAUUCUGAAGGAGUAGAAAUUAUGUUAGGUGUUUGUGCAAGUGGUCUGUUGAUAUAUCGUGACCGACUGCGGAUAAAUAGAUUUGCUUGGCCUAAGGUCCUAAAAAUUUCAUACAAACGGAACAACUUCUACAUUAAGAUCCGCCCGGGAGAGUUUGAACAAUUUGAAAGUACCAUUGGAUUUAAACUGCCAAACCAUCGAGCUGCCAAGCGUUUAUGGAAAGUGUGUGUUGAGCACCAUACAUUUUUCAGAUUGUUGUUACCAGAAGCACCUCCAAAGAAAUUCCUCACCUUGGGUUCCAAGUUUCGUUAUAGCGGCAGAACUCAAGCCCAGACGAGAAGAGCCAGUGCGCUGAUAGAUCGACCGGCCCCUUACUUCGAACGCUCCUCCAGCAAACGCUACACCAUGUCGCGCAGCUUGGAUGGAGCAUCAGUGAAUGAAAACCAUGAAAUAUACAUGAAGGAUUCUGUGUCUGCUGCAGAGGUUGGUACUGGCCAGUACACCACCACAAAGGGCAUCUCUCAGACCAACUUGAUCACCACGGUGACCCCGGAGAAGAAGGCCGAGGAGGAGCGCGAUGAGGAAGAGGACCGGCGGAAAAAGGCCGAGGAAGCCGCUGCUGCCACGGCCGUACGGCCCGAGGGAAAGACGGACAGUGAGCGCACGGACACCGCGGCCGAUGGGGAAACCACUGCCACUGAGGAGCUAGAUAAAACUCAAGAUGACCUGAUGAAACAUCAGACCAAUAUUAGUGAGCUGAAAAGAACCUUUUUAGAAACCUCCACAGACACUGCCAUCAUGAAUGAAUGGGAAAAGAGGCUUUCUACCUCCCCAGUGCGACUAGCCGCCAGGCAGGAGGACGCACCCAUGAUAGAACCACUUGUACCUGAAGAGACCAAAGAAGAAAGAGAGAUUUCUGAAAAGGUUAUAUUUGUGCGGCAGGGAAGCUCUUCAUUCCUUGAGUCUCAGAAAACAGAAACCAAGGUGGAGUCCAGUGAAACGGAGGCCGAAACAACCCAGCCCGCCCAGCCUCUUAGCACAGAGAAGGUUGUUCAGGAAAUGGUGGUGGUGGAGGAAAGACGUGUGAUGAAUGUGCAUGCAAGUGGGGAUGCUUCUUACGCGGCUGGAGAUGACGUGGAUGCUGCAGCACAGGCAGCAUCUGCUGGUGCUUCUAGCGUUAAAGGGACGGAGGGCUCUGCGCUGACGGAAGGGGCUAAGGAGGAGGAAGGGAAGGUGGCCGAUAGAGCUGUCCCGGAACAGGAAGAAACGGCCACUGCUUCCCGGGAGCCAGAGGAGGAGCAGAGUGUAACGGUCCACGUUUCUGAAACUUUGGAACAAAAACCUCAUUUUGAGUCAUCCACUGUGAAGACAGAAACCAUCAGUUUUGGCAGUGUGUCACCAGGAGGAUCAAAGCUCGAAAUUUCUACCAAGGAACUGCCCGUCGUCCACACAGAAACCAAAACCAUAACAUACGAAUCCUCAGAGGUUGAUCCUAGUGCUGAUUUGGAGCCCGGUGUGCUAAUGAGUGCACAGACAAUCACAUCGGAAACCACCUGUUCCACCACCACCACCCACAUCACCAAAACUGUGAAAGGAGGCAUUUCAGAGACGAGAAUUGAGAAGCGAAUAGUCAUCACGGGCGAUGCGGACAUCGACCAUGACCAGGAAUAA